AUGCACGAAGCCGAAGAGGUCGAGUCGUGGAUCGUCGAGAAGACGGUGGAUUCGGAGAAUGAAAAGAGAGAUGCAAUGUUCAACAUCGAAUUGGUCAAUCGCAGCAAAGAUAUUACCGCUUUGCGUUUUAUCGGUAAGGAGAUGAUUGCCAAGAAUCAUCCGGGAUCGGCGGCCAUCGAGACUCAGCUGAAUGAUUUGAUGGUCAAGUGGAAUAAUUUGCUCUCCUCGCUGAAAAUCAUUACGAUUGUGGACGAAAACACCCAGCAGAAAGCAGACGUAAAGAAUGAGAAUCAGAAUAUUGAGCAGUGUUUGCAAUUCCAACGAGAGGCCGCAGAGCUCGAGAAGAUUGUCUUGAAUUUGCUCCGAGUCUCAUCUUCGGAUGAUUACUGUAAAAAGAAAACAGUCGAGAAGAAGCAAAAGGAUUUCGAAAGUUGCAGCAAUUCCAUUGUCCUUUUGGAUAACAUGGGUAAGCAGUUGAUUCAAGAGAAUCACAGUCAGUCUGCGAACAUCCAGGAACGGUUGGAGGAGUUGCAUGGGUUUUGGCAGCUGCUUCUAUCAAAUUUCGAGAAUGAGAAAGUUGGUGGUGUUGACGUUAAUCAGAAGGACAAACGUAAUUAA